AUGGCUCUUUUCGAUCCUUUACGUAGUAGCAAGACUAACCUUUUGUAUCUCGGCACAGGUUGUCCAGAGGGAUGGGAUGAAUUCGGAUCUCUUUGCUACUUUCACGUCAACAAAGGCAAGAUGACGAUGGGCCAGGGACAAGACGAAUGCCAACUCUUAGGAGCCACGCUGCCAGUUAUCAAAUCAGCCGAAGAAAAAGACUUUCUUCUUAAUCUGAUGGAGGAAAAUGGUGAGCCAUGGCUUGGAGUGGAAGCAUCAGAUAGUGAUAACGAUUUCAAGUGGGUAGAUGAAACGUCAGUGGUAAGCAACUUCUCCGCAUGA